AUGGAGAGCCUAAGAAUACUGGUACUGGGAGACGUGGGCGUGGGGAAGAGCUCCUUCCUCAAACUCAUUACAGAACGAUUUUCAGAUAUAUACCCAAUUAACUUCUUCGACUAUUAUAUGCAUUUAGAGGAGGAAGGAGAGGCGAGAAAAAAAUUCGUGAGUUCCAAAGAUUUGGCAGUAAAUAAUUGCAAAUCGCAGAGGGUCCAGGCAUUGGUGGAGUCCAUGUUUUUUCAAGCUAAAAAGAAUUUCCUAGAAUUCAUCGAGAGUAAAAUGAAUGGUUAUAAUUUUUUUUGUGAGCAAAGACACAAGUACACCUACGGAUUUGAAAUUUUUACUUUUCUCUGGUACAUGGAUAAGGCAUAUAACAACAACAAGUUCGAGAAAAAUAUUCCCCUGAACAUAAGGCACAGUGGGGGCCACUUGCCUGAUAUGCUGACCGUUCGUGGUGAAGAUGAAAAGGCACUUCUUGUGGAGUUCCUUGAAAUAGGAGGUAUCCAAACCUACUCUUGUAUAAGAAACAUUUUUUACACAAAGCAUGAUGGAAUUUUACUUGUUUACGAUUCCUCAAAUAAUAAGUCUUAUCACAAUUUAGCAAAAUGGGUGUACGAAGUGUGUGAGCAUACGAAGGCCCCAUCGGAUAUGUUUUGCUCCGCUAAAAGAGGUCGAAAUAAGUUUUGGAACCUGUUCAAGGGUGUCGACAGCAAGGAAGACAACAAGGGGGUGCAAGGCGGCCACUCCGGAAGGGGUACACCGAACGGGUGCUGUGACCAUGGGGGGUACAUGGACUCGCAAAAGAACAGACACAACGACACAUGCGCGAAGCACUACGCGGAUGAUUAUGCUAGUCGUUAUGCCAGCCGCUACCCGAGCCGAUGCUCCGACGGCUAUGCUUCUCCCCGCGAGAGACACCUGGAUGAAGACCCCUUCGCCUGCGAUGACGACUCGGACAUCGAAAAGGGACACGCCAAAAAGGGGGACCAAAUUCUGAAUGGAGAAAUACCUAUUGCCUGCAUAGCCACCAAGAUUGACAAAAAGAACGCCAAAGAAAAACCAGCCUCCGUGAAGACACCCGAAACGUCCAUUUUUUACAAUUUUUUUUUUCCAGACUUUUCUGUCAACGCGACGAAUGAAGCUGUUAACGCGAACAAGGAUCAUGUAAAGCGAAAAAAAGAAAUGCUGAAAAAGUUGGAAAAUCAUAUAACCCAGGCAACAGAAAUUAAGGCAAGCUCCAUCGAUUGUGUCGUUGACAUUGAGAAAUUUGUGCACUUCCUCAGGAGCGUUUACGAGAAAAAGUACAACUUGGCUGGGCUCAAUGGGUAA